UACGACAACUCCGCUCUUGGACCCUGGCGCUGGAGUUUUUGUGGCUGUGAGAAAUCUGUCGGCCUCUGGGAGUCUGUUGGCCACCAACAUCCUGGAGACGUGAGAGGAGGAUAUCAUCCUGUGUGGAUUAUAUUCACUGAGUUGUCGCAGAGACUCUGCGUUCAUCUCGGAGCUACCAGGUUAUGAAAGCAGGGAGCUGCUCGCGCCUCCUAACCCCGUUUAAGCUAGCUGUCUCCAGUAACAAACGUCUGUCAUAUCAGUGGGUUUUGCAACCAAACCCUCUGAGGAUGAACUAGCUUAGCUGGGGUUUCUUUAUAUGGACCUGGAGUAGCUGUGCUGGAUAUUUCUCAUCGGAUAAUCCAACCGUUACCCAGACUGGCACACCCUCAGCCGGGUCCGGAUUCCUGGCCGCUGGAAGCCCUCUCAGGUGGAGCAUCCUGACCAACCAUCAGAGUACGGGAUUGAACGAGGAAGGAGGGAAUCCCUUUGUCCUGUUUUUCAAGAGGAAACUCUGAACCCAUCUGUCAGGAAUCUCUUCUUCUAAUUUUGUUGCAGUUCGUUUUAGCACUUUCCUCCAGAGAGGCGUAUUCCCUAAGGGUCAAGUUUGUAGCGCUGUUAUCCAAGCCUCAGUUCUCUCUGAAGGGCCGAGCGAGUAGAGGGAAGUCCCUGGAGAAGGAGGCAAAGAGGAAAACUGCCUAUAGCUGUUACAUAACCAACAGCCACGGUCAAGCACACCGUCAUCAGCGACGGCUUCAGUCCUGCCAUAUUCCUACUCUGAAAUGAGAUAAUUACCCUACAUCAUCACUGAGUGUAACGACUCAGCAGCUGCACGUGCAUGGAUACUAAUGGAUGGUCUGCCGGAUAUAGCCCUGUGUGUUUUGGGAAGAAGCGCUCGGUGGCUUCCUGCUUUUUGCCCUGCGAUCGCCUCGGGAAUGUAGCCGGCAGGUGAGGUGGUUUCAGCCGGCCACCGCUGGGGUUUAGGGAUGCCCCGACACAGGAAAACCAGACUCCUCCCGCACUGGCCCGCGUACAGACUGCUCUGUCUGACACACGUCCUGGACUGAAGCUCCAACACGCUGAGAAAAGGGGGGUUGGCAUAAGUUUUAUUUUUAACUUUUGCAACCGUUUUGUUUUGCUGCACUUCUUUUUUGCUGUUUUUUUUUUAUGCGGAUGUGUGGAGCUGUCGAUGUAAUCUGAAGAAGACCACAGAGAAGAAGAACACAGCGCGCCUCAGCAAAUCAUUCCUCUCCUUUCUUUGUUUCUGCCUCACUUGGUUUAUUUUUUUUUCUCUCUUUUGUUUCCAUCUGAACAGGUCUACCUCUGCCUACAUACCUCAUUUAUAUUCCCAAUCAAGCUACAUCUGGCCACAUCAGGGUGAUGCUCUGCUGGAAUGACUUUCAUUCAAAGGGUCCAAACACUUUUUUAAAAAGAAAUUUUAUUCCACCACAAAGAUUUCUGCCAAGCUUGUGAUCAUUGAGUUGCAGAUCAUUCCCUUCGACUCACUUCUACUGCUAGAAGAAUAGUUUCUAUUCUUUGACAUGUUUGUUUGCAUUGUUUCGGGCAAAAACACAAAUUCCUUUGGAUAAUCUGUGACUUUUGCAGUCGGGAAAGUAAAAACACCCAGAGGAAAAAGAAGCGUCCACUUUGCUUUUCAUGCUGGAUGUGGUGCUACCUAAAAGUCAGACCCCUCCUCUCCUUUGCAUCCACCCUGUCCCUGUUUUUGCUCUAGAGUCCGCUUAGCGUUAAUGACGGACUCCUUAACGUAGUGGUUGGCGAGCGAAAGCACCAAUCGCAGCACACAGGAAGUGAUGCCAGGUAGCAGCAGUAAGACCGGAGGGCGGGGUCCAUCCUCGUCGCCUCUGCCGCACGCUGUGGUCACACCCACUAGGCCCCUCAGACCUUCCCGCUACGUCCCAGUUGCAGCCGCCACUUUCUUCCUUGUUGGGUCCACCACGCUUUUCUUCUGCUUCACGUGUCCGUGGCUUUCUGAGCAGUUCUCUGUCGCCGUUCCCAUCUACAAUGGAGUCAUUUUCCUGUUUGUGUUGGCUAACUUCUGCAUGGCCACAUUCAUGGACCCUGGCAUUUUCCCAAGAGCGGACGAAGACGAGGACAAAGAGGAUGAUUUCCGCGCUCCGCUCUACAAAACGGUGGAAAUCAGAGGGAUUCAGGUCCGGAUGAAAUGGUGCUCAACUUGUCGUUUCUACAGACCGCCGCGCUGCUCCCACUGCUCAGUCUGUGACAACUGUGUGGAGGAGUUUGACCAUCACUGUCCGUGGGUGAACAACUGCAUCGGCAGGAGGAACUACCGCUACUUCUUCCUGUUCCUGCUGUCUCUGACGGCUCACAUCAUGGCCGUGUUUGGGUUUGGCCUGCUCUUUAUUCUCUAUCACCGGCAGAACAUCAACCACCUGCACGCCAUCGUUACGCUGGCUGUAAUGUGUGUUGCAGGCUUAUUCCUCAUUCCUGUCGCCGGGCUCACCGGUUUCCACGUCGUGCUCGUGGCCAGAGGCAGAACAACCAACGAGCAGGUGACAGGAAAGUUUCGAGGGGGAGUGAAUCCUUUCACUAAUGGCUGCUGGAGGAACGUCUCUCAUGUUCUCUGCAGCUCCCAGGCACCAAGGUACUUGGGCAGGAAGAAGUGCGUGCAGAAAGUCAGUGUGCAGCCUCCGUUUCUGCGGCUGCAGCUCACCGAGGCUCAACUGGCAGCCAAGAUCCUGGACAACGGCAUCCAGGGAGACCUGCACCGGUCCAAGUCCAGUCUUGAGAUGAUGGAGAGUCAGUCAUGUGACGCCGAGCCGCCUCCGCCUCCGAAACCAGAGCUGCGUUACCCUGGAAUCGGCCAAAGGAACGCCGAAGAGUGCAGCCUGCUGGGCAAAGCUCCUCCCACCCCCACCAUGUAUAAGUACCGGCCCACCUACAGCCCGGGGAAGAACCACACGACGCUCACUCAUGCUUACGCCAACCAGUUGAGUCGAGGGGAGAGCGUUGGCAGCGCCAGGGACUCCUCCUCCUCCACCUCCUCGCUCCUCCAGGCCAGCCAGCAGCCUGGUUUCCGCUCGCAGCCCAGCCUGGACCGCCGGGACGUGCCGUCGGACCGGGCGGUGGGCGGUGGCGGCGAACGGAGGGAGGCUGGGCGGGAGGCCGGUGGUGGCGGCGGCAUUCCUGGCUACUCGCUGGGCGGCCGCUCCUACCCGUCCUUCUCAGACCCCACUGUGCUGUCGGCGGUGGCGUCCCGGUCCUCCAGCUCGGCUGGCGCCGCCCACAUCUCCGAGGCGACCACCACUUCCACCAGCUUCAAAAGCUUGGCCAAUCAGACGCCGCCGCCUCACCACCCGUCACGUAACGGCAGCUUGUCGUACGACAGCCUGCUGGCGGGCGAGGACUUUGACAAAGCGGCGGCGGCCCCUGAGCCCCCCGCGGGGAGACCCUGUACACCAGCAACAGGCGGCUACGGCUCGCCCUUCCUGUCCCAGCAGAGAGAGGCCGACCUGCCGUCCCAGUCCUCCCAGUCUCCCCAUCACCAUCACCGCUCCUCCCACCACCACCAUCCCUUCCUUCAUCGCUCCUCCUCCUCGUCUUCCUCCCCGCCUCCUCCGCCGGAGCGGGACCGCCUCCUUGGCGACCCCCACACCGCCCCGGCCACCAACUCCUCAGCCCCGCACCAUCACCACCAUCACCAUCACCACCACUCCCACCAUCAUCACCACCAUUCCUCAUCCUCUUCCUCAUCCUCGCGCCCGCCGCGCUUUGCUGCCCCCCACCACGCCUAUCCGUACCGGACCCGCUCCACCGACGUCCCGCUGGGCUCCGGCAGCGCUUCCGCUCGCUCGCCGCUCUCCGCCCACCCCCCGCCGCUGGGCAAGUCGCUGUCGUACUCGAGCGCAGCGGCGGCUGAAAUGCAGUACCGUCUGGUCCGCAAGGCGUCGGCAUCGGCCGGCGCGAACGCCGCGGGCGUAGGAGGAGGAGGGGAAGGCGGAGGGAUGGGAGGAGCCAUACAAGCACCAAAAGGUGAGCUGAUCCAGAGGAAACCUCGGAGUCGGACCAAUGGUGGCCAGCUCUUCUCCUCCUCUUCCUCCUCCUGCUCCGCCCCUUCCUCCCCUUGUCACCUGGUCUCCUCACCCAGCAGACCUGCCGCAGACCACCUGAGCUCGCCGGUGACUCAGAGUCCGGCCCACAAGCCUCCGGCCGGCGGCGUAAAGAAGGUAACCGGCGUCGGGGGAACCACCUACGAGAUCUCCGUAUGA